ACGUGCGUCUAACCGUGCAACAUGUGACGAUGAGUGAAAACAUUCCUUCACUACCUCGCAGGCGGUCCCGCAGACACCUCGACGUGAGCCGCCUCCCGACGCCGCCCCCCGACCCCACCGACAAGGACGACUUCCUCGUCUACCUCGACGGCCUGCAGAAGUCCACCCUCCUCUACUCGCGCUCCACGUCCGCCGUCGAGGAUGCCUUCGACCACCUCGACAAGCUCUACCGCCUCAUGGAGCAGAUGCUCGAGCUGCGCGAGCAGAACGCCCGCCUCCACCGGCGCAUCCGCGACCUGGAGCACCUCAACAACCUGGAGAAGAUGCACAAGGAGCUGGACGAGCGCGCCGAGUGCCCCGAGCUGGACAAGGACACGGCCUUCGCCGAGACCAUCCUGGAGUCCAUCCUGGCGGAGGCCAAGCCGAAGAAGGCGAAGCGCCAGAGCGUGAUGCGCAGGAACAGGAGCGGCUCGGUGUCGGUGGCGGCGGUCCACCGCCAGGAGAGCCGGCGCGCGUCGGAGUGCGUGGGCGGCGACAAGAAGAAGGUGUCCAAGUGGACGAAGGUGAAGGCGGCGUUCAAGUGGGAGAAGGCGGCGCCGAACGUGAGCGACGCCAAGUCGCAGGACAGCGGCAUCGGGGGCGUGGGGGUGGGACCGGCGCUGGAGGUGGCGAGGUACCUGAGGGUGCCGUCGUGCGACGAGCACGGACACAGUGGGGACUCGGGGGCGGCGGAGGUGUCCACGCCGGGGACGCUGAGCGCGGCGUCGUCGGUGGAGGAGUUCCACAGGGGCGACGCACGCCACUGCUCGGACCCCAAGAGCUCAGAUGACGAACAUUCGCAUAAUUACAUUCCACAUUCCAAGGAGGGAUCCCAAAAAUCAAAUAAAUCCCAUAAAACACCAUGGGCCAAGAUGAAAGACAUCAUCCAGACCCGCAACAGCUUCAAGAAGAAGCACCGCCUCAGCGCCCACAGCGACGACGUCCAGAUCGACGUGGAGCUCUGCUCCGACGAGGACAACGUGUUCGAGGAGGGCUGCGACGUGCCGCCGGAGGUGGUGGCGCGCUACCGCCAGGCCGCCGAGGACGGCGUCCAGGUGUCCAAGUGGACGCGGGUGAAGAAGGCGUUCCUGCCGGACGCGGCGCCCCCGAGCGCCGAGGAGGAGGUCCAGGCGAAUUACAAGCAGCUGCAGAAGAAGCUGAGUCUGGAGUUCCAGGAGAAGCUGGGGGAGUGGGAGCGCAUGCGCCAGAACUCGCCCAGCACGGCGGCGCCCCCGGCGGCGCUCGACGACGCCAAGGACCCCGCCUUCAUCAAGAAGAUGGAGGAGUGGCAGAAGAUCAAGGCGCAGCCAUCGCUGAAGAAGCCGCCGAUGACGAGCAGCGAGAACCUCCCACCGGAGUUCCGCAAGAAGCUCCAGGAGUGGGAGAAGAUCCGGAAGGGUUCGGGGACGAAGAAGAAGCUGGCGGACGUGCCGAGGUGGAAGAGCUUGAGUGGGCCGAAGAGCGAGAUGGACUACCAAAACCUGUCGGAGGACUUCCGGAAGAAACUAGAAGAGUGGAAGCAGAUGAAGAGCGACAAAACCAGCCCCAAACAAAGCCAAAAACAAAAAAAAGAAACCGACAAAGAACUCCAGUGGUUCGAAAAAGAACUAACAAAAAUCGAGAAAGAAAAACAACGACUAGAAAGAGAGCGCCAGAAGUUCCUAGAACGAGAAGAAUCUUUAUCAAAACUGAGAAACUCAGUCGUCGGAGGACUCAAAAAGGAAGUCCUAAUACACACACCUUCAGGCUUCUAUCGCUUCGAAGGAAUUUCUAGAAAGUUCACCCAGAAACUCUACGAGUGGGAAAAAGCCCAAGGAAUAGGACCCGAAUCUUCAACUUUCGCCCUCCUGAACUCCUCCCUAACUCCCGACAAGAAAGAUCUUCAAAGAAACGAAACCUCGUCUCUAGUGAGAUCCAAAUCCGCCGACAGUAUAGCUAUUUCUGCCCUCAAUCUAACUUGUCCCUUGAUGAGCCACCAGCCAUCAAGUCUCUCUCUAAACGACGUCGAAGAGCUAGAAAAGGAGUGUCUAGACGAUUCUAGAUCUUCCUCAGAGCAGUUUAUCUCGAGUCAUUCGCACGAAACUCUAGCGCUAGAUGAACCAGAAGCACUGAUUGUCGAAAUAGAAGACAUAGUUGAAGAAACAGCCGAGCCCUUGCACCCGAUUGCAAUAGCGCAAAAGACGCAGCAGCCCAUCUAUCAAAGACAAGAAGCAAAGCUAUGCGAAGGCGAGACCUGUGCGGCCCCUAAGAUCAGACGAAGCGAGUCAACUAGAGCCCAAAGCAACUACAAUUUGAUUGAAGAAAUUUUCAGUAUUUUGAAGAAUCUGCAAGAAAACGAAGUGGAAAUUCAGAAAAUCCAAGAGGUGUUGGCGGAACAGGAAGAAAAGUCUAAUUCGGAGCUCAUCCGGCUCAAGAUGUUUGACGAGUCGCAAAAAGCCAUGUCCAUCCGCCUCUGCGAAAAAGUCACCCGUUUGCAAGAAGCCAAUGCCAGGGUAUUUUCCAGCCUCACCAAAGAAGAAGAUUUCAACACCAAACAAGUCCUGGAGACUCUGGAGACCGUUCAAGACCUAUCUUCCGAGAUCUACCAACUGACCGAAAAACUCGACUCGGAGAUCAACGAGCGCAACGUCUAUGACUCCCUUCCAGAAAAAGGAGCGUGUUCCUUGAACCCCACCACAGAAGUCGCCAAGGACAUCAAAAACAGGAUGUUGGAACUCCGGCGAAGACUCAGCUACGUGUGUGCAGCUUCAGAUUUGACAGCACCAAGACGAAGACAAGUCAAAAAGAACGAAGAAAGUGAGAAGAACGUGCGCUUGUAUGUGAAGAAUGAGAGUACGCAGAGUCAGGGGGCUAUCAAGAAACGGAUACGAUAUAGACAGAAGAGGAGGGCGUGUGAUACAGAUGAAGAAGAAGAAGAUGUGAAGAAGAACGUCCAUAGGAAAGUGGGGAGGAGUAGGUCGGUGUCGGAGAAUAGUGAGGUGGUUGUGGACGAAGCCAUCGUCCAGAAAGUGGUCGUCCCGACUCAAAGUAACAUCCUCAAUGUGUGUCUAGAUGAAGAAAACAAGAAUCUAGAUUCACCGGUUACCGUCUUCGUCAAGACGACGAGGAAAUUGUUCACGCCUUUGGUGGAGAGUGGCUUGAAGGGGGAUGAAGAAUGUGAAGAACAAGAAGAUGUAGAAGAAGAAGGAGAAAAGAAGGUGGAGCGUAAGGAGAGUGUCACGCCUCCUGUGACGCACCUUCCUCCUCUUCCAUCCCCUCUUCCUGUGAAAAAAGCAAUUUCGCCAAGUAUUCGUCUUAUGAUGGCCAAAUACAACCAGAAAGUGUCAGAAGAUUCACAUAGUACGAAAUCCGGUAAUAGUAGUGGCUCCGCCUCCCCUUUAUGGUUGUCCCCGCCUUCUGAGCGCCGCGUGCGCUCUCAAACCGAGCGCUACCAGGAGGAGUUAAAACGCUCCUCCCCUCGGGCGCGACUACGAGUCCACAAAUCACACACCGUUGACGCCCUCCCCACCAUGCCCCCUUCACCCGACCCGAAACGCCUAUCGUCAGAGCUCCGCCUCCAGAAACUACACAAGGCGAAGGAGGAGUUCCUCAACGCGCCCGCCUCCGCCCCGCCCCAAAUCUGCGACGAGCCAAUCAGAUUCCCGGCUAGAAACCGUCUCAGUCAAAUUAGCGUGGAUAGUGAAACCAGCUACGAAUCAGCUUGUGGGGCUCUCAUCAAGUCGGCGAGUGCUGGAAUGAUCAAUGUGGACGCCGAAGUUUACAGACAAAUCGACCCCGAGGUGCACGGAGGGGGGUACGUGUCGUUGCCACGCAACACUAAACGAGGGGAGGGGUUUCUAGGGGGGCGGUUCGGAUUGGCCAGUAUUGCUAGUAAGUUCAGGAAGGUGAAGAUGAGGCGGGGCAAAGACAAGGAGGGGAGGAUGGGGGCGGUGUCUGCGUUGUGCAGGCAGAGUUUGGUGGUGGAUAUACAGCCACUGGUGGCGAAAGAGGAGGAGACGAAGAGUGGGGGAUGGAUCAAGAAGGCUAAGCUGUUUAAGAAGUGACGGGACUGCAUUUUUUAGGUUAAUUAAUAUUUUAGAAUUUUCUUACUGCAAGUUUUAUGUUUAAAAUGAUGU